GUUUAUAAAUUCCAACCCCGUGUUUACACCUCACCCACAAUCUGAUCGAUUCUCAUGUUUUCAUCGCCAUCCAAAGGAAACGUCUGCUCUCUUUUUGAAGUGUUUUGCGCUCUGUCAGACAAACGGGCACCAGCCCUAAAAUACGUGGACAGAGCCUCCAAGCUGCUCUCAUAUAAAUCAGGGUCUUCAUAGAUCUCGCUUAGGAGGAACUUGUGCUUCUUUCUCUUGGACCUUGUUUGAACCACCGGCACUCAUGUAUAGCAGCGGCUACUCUCACGUGUCCAAGACCAGCCCGCAGGCCCAGAAGAAGAUGCAGUAUCGCUCAAAGGGCAAAAGCUGUGGCUACUACUUGAGAAUCAUCUUCUUUUUUUCCUCGCUGAUUCAAUCGCUCAUCAUAGUCAGCCUGGUUCUCUUCUUGGUCUAUGGUAAGACGCAGGACUCCGCUUCAACAACACGCAUACAGGACCUGGAGGAGAGCUUCAGUCGGCUCUCCCUCGAGAACGUCGCCCUCCGGCAACAGAGGAAGAACCUGACGACCUUACUCAAUGUCACCCUGACGGAGAAGACCCGCAAUGACUGGGACCUGCUGAGACUUCGUCGGUUGUCAAACAUCUCUGUAAUGUUUAUUCAAGACCUGGACAAGAAGCAGCAACAGACAAACAUAGAGCUGCUGAUGUGCAAGAACCAGGCACGUUUAGCACCCAGUUGCCCACAAAUAGACCUGCGAGUUAUGCCUACGGCUCUAGGUUGUGAGUUGCAAAUGGAGCGGGUGAAUGCUCAACUUGAACUUGUGGAGUCCAAUUUUACACAAACAAUACAGAGAAUGAAGAUGGAAAUGGAAGAGAUUGCCAAAGACAGGGAUAACCUUGACCUGGAGGCCAUCCAUCUAAGGAGGGAAAAGGCAGUUCAUCUGAAGGAGAUUGAGCUCAACACUCUAAGAUGCAAACACGACUUUGUUCAGUCCUUGAGUGGCAUCUCCAAUGUCUCAAGAACCUUUCUACUGAAGAUUGAAUCCCUCUUCCCAACUCACAUUGCUUUCCAGCUCACCUGUGACAAACAGAGGGAGCAUCUGGAGCAGAUCCGCACCAACUGCACCAGUCUGUCUAGAGAGGUGGAAGACAGGUUCCAAAGCUACUUGAAUAGUGUAGGCAGUCAGGUGUCUGAGAUCCUGUCGGAGAACAGCCGCUUGAAGGCUGAGAACAUGCGACGGUCUGAUGACUACCGCGUGUGCAGUCAAAACCGCACAGGUAUGAUCCAAGAGCACAAACAAACCAUACAGAAGCUUCAGCUCAAACACGACAAGGACUAUGAGAGGAUUCUAUUGGAAAAAAAGAGACUGAACGGAGAUAUCGAAGUCCUUGAAAACAGUGUCAACUACAGAAAUAAAGAUGUUGAACUCCUCACAGAGCAACUCAGGAGGCUCAACAUGUCCUGCAUGGCCAAGAGUGGAUUCGGUGGCUUGCCGGGAGCUGGUGGAGGACAGUUUGGGAGGGGAGGGUCAGCUAAUUUUGGUUCAAACUUCAACUCACCUGGGUUUGGAUCAAACAAGCUAGGAUCGACUGGGUUGGGCUCCUCAAAUCCAAGCCUUGGGUCAACUGGCUCAGGGUUAAACCGAUUAGGGUCAACUGGGUUGGGCUCUUCUAGUCUCGGGUCGACUGGGUCAGGAUUAAACAAAUUUGGAUCAACGGGGUUGGGCUCUUCAAAUCCGGGUUCAUCUGGGUCAGGAUUAAGCAGACAAGGAUCGACGGGGUUAGGCUCAUCAGGUCUUGGCUCAACUGGGUCAGGAAUAAAUAAAUUAGGUUCAUCUGGGUUGGGCUCCUCGAAUCCUAGCUCAACUGGGACAGGAUUAAACAAACAAGGCUCAACUGGGUUAGGUUCCUCUAGCCUUGGUUCAACUGGGUUAGGAUUAAAUAAAUUAGGAUCAACAGGGUUAGGAUCCUCAAGUCUUGGAUCAACUGGGUCAGGAUCAAACAAAUUCGGAUCAACGGGGUUGAGCUCUUCGAGCCUUGGGUCGACUGGGUUAGGAGUAAACAAAUUGGGAUCGUCUGGGACGGGUUCCUCGACUCUGGGGUCCACUGGGUCAGGUUUAAAUAAACUUGGAUCAAAUGGUUUGGGCUCCUCGACGCUUGGCUCAACUGGGUUAGGAUUAAACAAACAAAGCUCAACGGGUUUAGGUUCUUCUGGUCUUGGAUCAACUGGGUCAGGAUUAAAUAAAUUUGGCUCGACAGCGUUGGGUUCCUCUGGUCUUGGCUCUACUGGGUCAGGAUUAAACAGACAAGGAUCAACUAGUUUGGGCACUUCGGGUCUUGGCUCUACUGGGUUAGGAUUAAACAGGCAAGGAUCAACAAGUUUGGGCACUUCGGGUCUUGGCUCUACUGGGUUAGGAUUAAACAAACAAGGAUCAACUGGUUCGAUGAAUAAUAAACCAACUUCGAGUCUGAAAAGCUCGUCGGGCCUCGGGUCAAGUGGGUCAUCCAGUUCUGGAUUUCCCUUUUUAGGAUUAGGGUUAGGCAACAGUAACACAGGACAAAGUAAACCGGGAACUGGAAUAGGAAGAGGAACAUCAAGUGGAUCUUCACCUGGAAUGGGGAGGACUGGUGGUUUGGGAGGUGGAUCAGUCAGCGUUGCUCAGCACCUUCAAGAUCUGCAACGUAUCAUCAAUCCGUCUCACGGCUAUGAAGAGCGACAAGAGCUUUCCAGAAUGUUGGGUUAGUCCAUCAUGACGAGGAACACUGCAAGAGAUUUAUCAAUUCAACACAGCUCGCCAAGUUCACCAUGGUAUUAAUAAAUCUGCUUUAUGAUAUACACUGUUGAAUACAAAAAUAUGCACGUUAAAAGGACAGACAAACUUAAGCACUUUUUUUUAUAUAGAAUGUGAAGUCUGUUUUAAUCAUACUAUAUAUCUUUAAUUGUGUACAACUGUGAGAAUAAGUUCAUGCAGUACUUUUAAACAUGUAAAUACAGAAGUCUUUGUUCAAUUGUGCUCUUCUCUUUCUGAUAAACAAAUCUACUUGAGAUAUUACUGCA